AUGGGAGGGUCGCGAACAGUCUGCACCGACAGCCACCUCUUCCCUAAAAAACUUCUGAAUUGGUCUUCAUCCGUGAACUCGUUAGCAAUGCCGACUUCGAGAGCAGACCACCUGGGCCCGCUGAUACGAGCCAGCCGAGACGAGGUAGCCGGACUCGUUCAAAAAACAAAGAUUUUCACGUAAUGGGGAACUUCGCCGCAGGUAAAUUCACGAAAUAAGUUUUCCAGCUCAGAUCCAACUUUCAGAACCUUCGUCUGCGGCGAUUCCUGGGAGUUCGCGAUGAUUGGAGAAGUGGCGGUGCAGGUAAAUGAUAUCUUUCCUGAACAUAACUUCAAUUUUUUGUUUUUUAGUCAAAUGAGAGGGUCGCGAACAGUCUGCAACGACUGCCACUUCUCCUGCAAACAGUUCACUGUUUCUACUUCAAGGGAGCAACUGAUCAGCCUUCCUGUCGCUCGCCACCGUCCAACGCCUAA